AUGCGCUCGCAGAUGUCAUGUGAAACCCCGCAUGCUGGCCUUACCGCACAACUGAAGAGUCCGAGCACCGCUUCACGCACCUCUGGAAUGGUUUUGCACAUUAGACUCCGGCUUUGACGAGACCAAACUUCACCACCGAGGAUUUUGUUUUUUUACUCUGGUUUAUGUUUGUUUCUUCAUGACUGACGCAUUCGGGAGCGAGUCGCCACCACCAUGCGAGCCCAAAUUGAAGUCAUACCAUGCAAAAUCUGUGGAGACAAGUCAUCAGGCAUCCACUAUGGAGUCAUCACAUGUGAAGGAUGUAAGGGUUUCUUCAGGCGCAGUCAACAGAACAACGCGUCCUACUCCUGUCCCCGUCAGCGCAACUGCCUGAUCGACCGAACAAACCGCAACCGCUGCCAGCACUGUCGGCUUCAAAAGUGCCUGGCUCUGGGCAUGUCCCGGGAUGCUGUUAAGUUUGGCCGCAUGUCCAAGAAGCAGAGGGACUCUUUGUACGCAGAGGUUCAGAAACACCAGCAGAGGCUGCAGGAGCAGCGGCAGCAACAGACGGGCGAAGCGGAGGCCCUCGCCCGUGUUUACUCCUCCAGCCUCACCAACGGCCUCAGCACCCUCAACCAUGAGAUUGGGGGGACAUACGCCAACGGUCACGUCAUAGACAUGCCCAAGGGUCAGCCCAACGGUGCUCCCGGUGGCUACUACGGCAUGGACUCCACACAGGCCAGCCCGGAUCAGUCAGGACUGGACAUGACUGGAAUGAAGCAGAUCAAACAGGAACCCAUUUACGAUCUCACCCCUGUUCCCAACCUUUUCACCUAUGGCUCCUAUCAAGACAGCCAACUAGCACCAGGAGUGUCUAUGGGGGAAUUAGACCGAAUUGCACAGAACAUCAUAAAGUCCCACCUGGAGACGUGUCAGUACACAGCGGAGGAGCUCCAGCAGCUAGCCUGGCAGACGCACUCCUAUGAAGAGGUCAAGAUGUACCAAAGCAAGACACGGGACGUGCUGUGGCAGCAGUGUGCUAUACAAAUAACUCAUGCCAUUCAGUAUGUGGUAGAGUUUGCAAAGCGCAUCACUGGCUUCAUGGAGCUUUGCCAGAAUGACCAGAUAUUACUACUCAAAUCAGGUUGUCUGGAAGUAGUGCUGGUCAGAAUGUGCCGGGCAUUCAACCCUCUCAACAACACGGUUCUGUUUGAGGGGAAAUACGGAAGCAUGCAGAUAUUUAAAACUCUAGGCUGUGAUGACCUGGUCACUGCAGUGUUUGACUUUGCCAAGAGUCUGUGUUCACUGCAGUUAACAGAAGAGGAGAUCGCCCUGUUUUCUGCUGCGGUCCUCAUUUCUACAGACCGGCCGUGGUUAAUGGAGCCCAGGAAAGUGCAGAAGCUACAAGAGAAAAUCUACUUUGCCCUGCAGCACAUCAUGCAAAAGAACCAUCUGGACGAGGACGCACUGGCCAAGCUGAUUAGCCGGAUCCCCACGCUGUCGGCUCUGUGCACUCUCCACACAGAGGAGCUUCAGGCCUUCCAGCAGCUCCACCCAGAGACGGUUAACAUGCUGUUCCCCCCCCUCUAUAAGGAGCUUUUCAAUCCCGAUGCUGCUGGCAUCAUGCCCAAGUGACCACACACGUUCACACGCACACUUUGCAAAGUCUUUCAUUCAGCAAGCGGAGGUGUUGCGGAGGAUGUCGCAGCAUCUGCAGAAUUUGCAGCCACAACAAAAAUGAAACUCUAGGAAUGUCCUGCGCUUCAAAAAUCCAAUUCAAUUUCACCGGUACAGUCAUAAGAAUGUAUAUAUGCGCCGGCAGCAAAAGGCGCCUUCCAUUUGACCAGAAAUGUACAGACUUUAAGACGAUUUAAGUGGUCUUUAAAUUGGGUAAGUUAAUUUGUUUGACUUUUCUCGCUGUCGCUUUUUUUUUUUUUUCACUAAAUAUUGUUGAGAAUAAUGAGAAGGUGGGAAGUGCAUUCAAAAAUGAUAAUGUAGUCUUUCUCUAGAUACAAAGCGGUAUUCCAGUAUUAAACCUUUUUCUGUUAGUCAUAAUUUAAAAACAACAGUGGUCUAUAAGGCCCAUACCUUGUGUAUGUAAUUUUUUGUAUAUGUUUUGUAGUUUUACCUGUACAGAAUAUGUGAAGUUGAAACUGGUACAAGGUUAACGGAGGACUAACUUGGUUUGGCCAUGUUUAAAAGCCUUGUCUGGGCUAUGUAGAUAUGUAUAAACGGCACCACAGCAAUAAUCCUACAACUGAGGAUUUUUGAAGUGGAAAAAUAAUUGAUAAUGGAUACUUUUCCAUACAAAAGUAUAGAGAUAUAUAUUUUGAAAAAAAAAAAAUGUAUGGCCAAUUACCAUCCUGUCAUUCAUAGCUGCAAUAACUGUUUCUGGAACUGCUGAAACACAAUCCGGUCAAAUGUGACUUUAUGGAAAACCCUCAGAACUGCUUCGAAUCUAUUAUCCUGUUUGCUCUAAAUGCUCCAAAAUGCUGUUUUUACUGCCACACUGCCAAAACUAAUAUAGCACUAUUGUAGCUGAGCUGGGUCUGUGAUAUUCUUAACCUUAUGCUAAAUGUAAAGCACAAUGCAUAGGCAAUGCAUAGUUCAAGAAAAAAAAUCAGUCAAUACUAAAAAUCAUGUUUUUCAAAGAAAACAGUCAUGGACUUUAAGCGAUCAAUUGGAACACUGACUUAUUAAAAAAAAAAAAUAUAUAUAUAUAUAUAUAUAUAUAUAUUUUAUCAUGAUUUGGAACUAAUCCUGAAAGAUCAAAAUCAAAUCGGAAUUCCUAUCAAUUAAGAUUUUCGUGUUCUUAUUUAUGUAUUUAUUAUUUUAUUUAUUUAUUAUACUUUUUCAACACAAAGUGCAACAUUUAGAAAUAAAAAAAGCAAUAUCGUUCUGAUGAGGUGAUUGUCUUGGAUAUUACCUGGUUAUGAAACAAUUUUAGCUAAGCAGAUUUAAACAUGACAUUCUUAGACACUCUCUCUCUGAAGUUCUCUGGAACUCAAUAUUGCUGAGCAUCCUUAACUUGCUGUAAUCCACUGUUUGUAAAAUCGUAAUGCAAGUGGGAAAUGACAAUCAUCUUGACUUUUCAGAUUGCGGUAUAAAACAACAAAAUGCAGCUACUGUAAGAAGACUAGCAGUUCUACAAGGGCAGUUUGGGUUUGGUAAAUCUUGUAAAGUACCACCAGGUGGAGAUACUGAGAGCGCUUUCCCCUCUUCUCUUGACCUGUACUCACAGGAUGUAAAGCCAUAUGUCAGAAGGAAAGAACACAAACACACAAGCUAGGAGUUGACAUGCGGUUACAUCGAUCAGAGAAUUUUUAGUACGUCUUGAUGCAUUUAUAUUGUCAAAUGCACUUGAAAGCACUUAACAAUGGAUUAAUAACUACAGAUGGUAUUGGUAUUUAAUACAUGCACAAAUGUAGUCUGCUGAGAAGCAAUCAUACCACCUGUUCAAGUCCUACUGAACCAAACGCUCUCAGCCCAAUUUUAGGGAAUGUUUCAAAUUCCGUCAGUGUCAGUUUCCUGUUCAAGACAAUCAUUUCUGGGUGCAAUUUUCCUCGCACCCAUCUCAGGGACUUCUCUUUUAAUGUUUUCAAUAGAAAGAGAGUACUAUUUUAAAAAAAUAUGGACAUUUUUAGGGAAUAAAAUACAAUCACAGCGGUUUCUUCACAUACAAAACCAACCCAGACAAGGCUUUGGUGUGUGUGUGUGUGUGUGUGUAAAGCGUAUACCCAUCAUUGAGAGGUGAAACAAGCUCGACUGCAUGGCUUGUUGCAAUCCCAGCAAACAGCUCUCUCUCUUUCUGUAAAUAUCAUUGCGCAGCAGUGUACUAGCAACAGUGCCUGUGCUCCAAAUUAAAACAUUGUAAUUAUUAAGCAUCUCCUGAAACGAAAUGGAUUUUAUGUAAGUUAGAUUAUUUAUACAGGGCAUGAAUAAGCUGCUCUCUAUCUAUUUCUAUGCUCAUUACAGAAAAUGGAUUCAGUCAGAAAUAAUUUUAAACUUAUGAUGAAGGCUUUUUUUUUUUUGUAUUAGACUGUGAAUUGGGGGCGAGAGGAAUUUGUAUCUAUAUGAGAGGUUCAACACUGUUAGGUACUGUAGCAAUAACUGGAAGCAUUUACUACAGUCAUCUUUGCAUUCUAAGAAUAUUUUAAUUUUAUUAUAAUUCUAUUAUUAUUAGCCUAUUGUUCAGUUAUUCUUGCAUGCCGGUUCAUAAUAAUGAAACCUUUGGGCUUUUGUGUUUUUUUAUGUGUUGCUGAUAAAGGGUGGGUAAUGGGGAGGGGGUGGAGUUGGGCUUGGGUUCGUUUUAUUCUGAAUGUUUUUGGGUUUGUGUUGACGGAACACAACACACCCUUUUCAUUCUGUUUGCGCGCACAGACAUAAGCACAAAGUAUUUAUUACGGUGUAGGAAUACAAUAACACAUGGGCAUUGAAGGUCAGAACAUACUUUACGCAAGUGCGUGAACGCGGACGCAAGCUUGUUGCGCACACCUGUGCUUUGCAUUCGAGACGUUAUGGCGGGAAUUUUUCUUUGAGGACAAAUUCUGUUAUGUGGGACAGAUAGUUAAAGGCUGUUUAUAACAACUUACCCGAAUUACCUAAUAACAUCUGGGUUUCUGUCAGAGACAUCUGAAUGUAACUUUAUCGCCCUCGUGAGGUUUGUUAUCGACGCUAAACAAACGCAAGAGUUCACGUUGGCAGUGCGUCGAUUAAGUGCUUGCGUCUGCGCAUGCGUACCUUCCGAGUAUGUUUCGACCAUUACAAAUGUGACCCUGGGCAUCGAAACCAGCCAUAAGGGUAAUUUUAUUCUUUAAUUGAGAUUUAUACGUCAUCUGGGUUAAAGACGAAUAAAUAUGCUUUCCAUUUAUGUAUGGUUUGUUGGUUUGUUAGGAUAUAUAGGAGAAGAUUUGGUCGAGAUACAACUAUCUGAAAAUUUUGUAAACUAAAAAUAGCCUAUUACUAAUAAAAUAAAAUAAUACAAAUAAAAAAGUUUUUUAUAUAUUGACAGUUCAAUCAAAUCAAACCUGAUUUUUAGCAUAAAGAAAAAUCUAUAAUUUUGACCCAUGUGUUGCUGGCUUUUGCAACAAAUAUAACUUUCCUGUGUUUCUUAUGACUGGUUUUGUUGUCCAGGGUCACAAACUUGCCAAUUCAAGUCUCCUAUACUUCCACUUAUCGAGGAAAAUUCUAUAAACUAUAGGUAUACACUAGUCCUACACUUGAAAUGAAGGAAACAAUAUGUCUGUGUGUGAUUUUGAGUGUAUACCUAUAUGUGACCACAGACGGCUAUUCUACUGAACACUACUGAUGACAUAUUUCAGUUUUUUUCUUUUUCUGAAAUAUUUUUUUUUUUUACAUUUAUGAAUCAGAAUGUGUCUGUCUCCCUCGAUGAAAAACAACAACAACAGCAAAACAAACAAAGGUAGCAUCUGUUACCAAAACCCUUAAGACUGUACUUACCGUGCAGCAUCUUUUUAUGUACUAAAUAUGUAAACAUUUUUGUUUUCAAGUGCCAUGGCUAGUGUGAAGUGAAGCUGAAUGGCAUUACGGGGUAGAUGCUUUACUGUAUAAGUUGUUUACUUGAGAAGCAAUCAUAAAGUGGAAUUCAGAUGCAAGUGUGAAUAUUCAAACAACCAACUGUUUGUUGUUCAUGGAGAACGGGCUCUGAUUGACAGAACUUUAGCGCAUGUCCACAAUACAAGUAAAGCACAUGUAGCAUGGGAGGGUGGGGGCUUCUGUUAACUUGCCAACAGUCUGUGUGUGUGUGUGUGUAUGUGUGUUGUAUGUACUGUAUAUUGUUUGGCUUUAAGACAGUAUACAAGUGAAUGGUGAAUAGCACUUUGUGUGAUGGACUGAAUAUGAGUGCAUGUGGGGAGGGGUUGAGCUUGAUGUGCGAGCAUUGUGAAAUGGACAUGUAAAAGAACUGAUUAAUCGAGACCUUAACGUGUCUCCUCCAUGUUGUAUAUACUAAGCGAAGGACUUAAGUGAUUUUUGUUAAAUUCUAUAUUUUAUGGCUUUUGUAGACAUUUCUUUGUGGGAUAAAAAAAAUAAAAUAAAGAAAAUUUUAUGGAUGCAA